AUGGCUUCAGACAUCCCGAAAGUCGUGCCUCUGACUUGCCACGGACAUUCUCGUCCUGUGACGCAUUUGAGCUUUUCCUCCACUGUAGAGGAUGACCAGUAUUACUUGAUCUCCGCAUGCAAGGACAACAAUCCCAUGCUUCGAGAUGGUAUCACUGGAGACUGGAUUGGCACGUUUCUUGGUCACAAGGGUGCUGUUUGGCAAGCUCGGCUUUCGACAGACGCCACUAUCGCAGCAACUGCUGCUGCGGAUUUCUCUGCCAAGGUUUGGGACACCCAUACCGGCGAGUGCUUGCACACUCUCCAGCAUUCGCACAUUUGUCGCUCGGUUGCAUUCCCCAUCCAGCCUUCUCCCCAGGUUCUAGCCACGGGAGGUAGCGAGAAGAAGCUGCGCAUCUUCGACCUGUCACGAAGCGGAGGCAGUAACAGCUCUUCGCCCACAUUCCCAUCGAGCGCAGAGAACAGCCCUAGCUCGGUGACGAGCUACGAGAUCGGACCCGGUGUCCAUGGGGGUACGAUCAAAUCCAUCAUCUGGAACCAGGACUACAAUAUCCUCACCACCGCCGCUGAGGACCGUAAGAUCCGAUGGUGGGAUCUCCGCUCGCGCCACCCUGUCAUUGAAUACGCCGUGGAAGGCCCGAUUGGCAGCUGCGAGCUGAAUAGCCUUGCCGUCCGUCCUAAUGACCCCGGUAUCCUCGCCGUCGCCGCCGGAAAGAGUGUAUACCUCUUUGACGGCAUCACCCCGGGACGCCUGCUCAAGAAGAUGGAUUUCAGAUACGAGGUGGCCAGUGUCGCGGUGAACAACGAAACCGGUCGAUUGGUCACUGGUAGCGCCGAUGACACCUGGGCUCGAGUAUAUGAUUUGCACACAGACGAAGAACUCGAGGUCCAAAAGGGUCACCACGGCCCCAUCUGGUCUGUCAGUUUCUCCCCCGACGGCAAGCUUUACGGCACCGGAAGCGAGGACGGAACAAUCAAGUUGUGGAAGGCAUGCAGAGAGCCUUAUGGUCUGUGGCGGUAG